AUGCUUCUGACCAAGCUUGCACAGCUAUGCCUGAUUGCUACACCGGCCUUGAGUGCCAUGACCAAGGUGGGCUCAGUAUGCACGGUCACCCCCUCAGGAUCAGCUGAUGAUAGCGACUCCAUCCUCGAUGCCUUCAAGCAGUGUGGGCAAAACGGAAGGAUUGACAUCACAGCCGGUAACUUCACCAUCGGCAAAGUCAUCGACGUCCUCAAUCUCAAAAAUUGUGAGAUCAAUAUCCGCGGCAAACUCACUUGGACCCCCGAUAUCCAAUACUGGGUUAAGAACAGUGUCAGUGUCGUCUUCCAGCAGAGAAGCACGGCAUUCCGCUUGGGAGGCGAGAACUUCUCGGUUCUGGGCCAUGGCCAGGCGUUGUUUGAUGGCAACGGCCAGGUGUGGUACGACGCCAACAAAAAUGGAGCCAACAUGGCUGGUAGGCCUAUCAGCCUGACCCUAUGGCAUGCGAAGAACGCCGUGGUUGACGGAAUCACUUGGAGAAAGGUGCAAUUCUGGCACACAUUUGUCGCUUACUCGCAAAACAUCACAAUGACAAACUUGGACAUGAAGGCCGUCUCCGACUCGCAGUGGGGCACCGUCAACACCGAUGGCUUCGACAGCUGGAACUCACGGGACAUUGUACUCAAGAACUGGGUUGUUACCUGCGGCGAUGACUGCAUCUCCAUCAAAGGAAACAGCACAAAUGUCUAUGUCAAGAACGCCACAUGCAACGGCUCAGGCGCCAUGGUCAUCGGAUCCAUGGGCAACCCACCCAACAUCCCCGAGACAGUCGAAAACGUCGUCUUCGAAGAUAUCCAAGCCUUGUACAGUUCCAACGCUGCAUGGAUUAAGACGUACCCAGGCCAAGGAUACGUCAGGAAUGUGACAUUCCGCAACUUCCACAUAGUCGAUGUCAACCAGCCCAUAUACGUCACACCGUGCAUCUACACGUACAACAAAUGCGAUGAUUCGCACCUCAAAAUCUCCGACAUUACUUGGCAAAACAUCACGGGUACCUCGAGGUACAAUGUCGCCGCGGCCAUCUAUUGCAGUAAGAGCACGCCUUGCACGGGUCUCCAGUUCAAGGAUAUCAACAUCAAGCCAAUGAAUGGCGGGCAAUCCAAGAUCCUUUGCAGCAAUUUCAACAGCGACAGUGGACUGGCUUGUACAGGUACUUGUCCUGCAGGAUGGAAACAGCAACUAUCCGGAAACGUUUAA